AUGGGUAAGCGGGUAGUUGCUACGGAUAAGGAGCUGAAGUGGAAGAAAGUUGAUAUUCCAGACACUCUGGAUGACUUUGGUGGGUUCUACGGGCUGGAAGAGAUCGAUGGUGUUGACGUCAAGGUGGUCAAUGGGCAAGUGCAGUUCAUUGCUUCUGAAGCACAGGUGAAGGAGGAGGAGGAGAGCUCAGAGAGCGACUUUCCAGACUUUGAUGCCAUGGAACAAGAAGACGAUGGCGAUGUAGAGGAAGCAGAAGAAGAGGAAGAAGAAGAAGAAGAUGUUGCAGAGGCAGAUGAACCGGAAGUGAAACAAAAACAAGAACAAGCUAGAGUGGAACAAAUAGAUAAAGGAGUGGACAGUGAAAAACAUGAAGAUGAGAAGGAGACUCCAGAAGAUGACUUGGCUACUAAUGUAUUUGAUAUCGAUGUCGAUCUUUCAGAUGUUGGGUCUGGGGAAUUACCAGGGUGGACUGAUACUGUUGAUCUGUCAAUGACUACCAUAAACGGUUUAUCCAACCUAGGCUUUACAGAGAUGACUCCAAUUCAAAAGCUCAGUAUACCAGCUGCCUUAGAAGGUAAGGAUAUCAUGGGUAAAGCCUCGACGGGUUCCGGUAAAACUCUUGCGUACGGUAUACCCAUCAUCGAGAAGAUGAUCAAAUCAAAGGACAAUUUAAGAACUAAUGGUAUUAUCUUUACUCCUACUAGAGAACUGGCUCAACAAGUGACUAAGCACUUACAAAACGUUUGCAGCAUGCUACUAAAGAAGAAUCCAUACAUGAUAUUAUCGCUAACCGGUGGUUUAUCCAUACAGAAGCAGGAAAGAUUACUGAAAUACGAUGGCAGUGCCAGGAUCGUGGUGGCUACGCCUGGUCGAUUCUUAGAACUGAUUGAGAAGAAUGAGGAGCUCAUGAAAAGGUUUGCGAAGAUUGACGUUCUUGUACUUGAUGAAGCUGAUAGGUUGUUACAGGAUGGUCACUUUGAUGAAUUUGAGAAAAUCUUAAAGCAUUUGGGAAGAAUACGUAAGUCCUUGAAAAAUAUGGAGUAUUGGCAAACUCUGAUAUACUCCGCCACAUUCUCAACUGAUCUAUUCGAUAAAUUGGCGAACAGUUCAUGGAAGAAGAAAAAUAACAGCAAGGAUGAAUCAGAGAUGGAGUCAGUCUUGAAACAUCUAAUGACGAAGAUUAACUUCAAGUCUAAGCCAAUGAUGAUAGAUGCUAACCCAGAAGAUAAGAUAAGUGCACAGAUCAAGGAGUCCUUGAUCGAGUGUGCACCACUAGAGCGAGACUUAUACUGUUACUAUUUUGUUACACUGUAUCCUGGUACAACACUUAUAUUCUGUAACUCUAUUGAAUCUGUCAAGAAAUUAAAUGCAUACCUGAUUAACCUAGGAAUCAACUCUUUCCAAAUACAUUCUUCUAUGACUCAGAAGAAUCGUUUAAAGAACUUAGAGAAAUUUGAAGCAAUGGCUUCGAAAAACAACCAUUUAGGCAAACCCACUGUGCUUAUUGCCAGUGAUGUUGCUGCCAGAGGUUUAGAUAUUAAGGGUAUUAAGCAUGUCGUUCACUACCACUUGCCACAUUCUGCAGACACGUACAUCCAUAGAUCUGGUAGAACAGCAAGAGGUGAUAACGAAGGUGUUGCGGUUAUGAUAUGUUCCCCACAGGAAGCCAUGGGACCAUUACGUAAACUAAGAAGAUUGUUAGCUUCUAAAGAACAAAUAAGCAAGAGUACUAAGAACAAAAAAUGGCAGCAAACUGUCCCACUUCUUCCAAUUGAAAUAGAUAUUUUACAACAGUUGAGGGAGAGAAGUUCAUUGGCUAAUGACAUUGCCGAGCAUGAGCUGGCGUCUAGAUCAUUGAGGAAGGACAGUAAUUGGCUGAAGCAGGCAGCUGACGAGCUAGGAAUAGAUAUGGAUUCGGAUGAAGAAGACAAGGAUAUUAUUUUAGCUAAAAACAAGAACAAGAAAAUGAAUAAGACUUUGGAUAAGAACGAGCUGAAAUCAAUGAAAGCUGAAUUGACACAUCUAUUGAAAAUUCCUAUCAGAAAAGAUAUGAGAAGAAGUUACUUAACAGGUGGUCUUGUAAACCUAGCAGACAGUCUAGUUAAGAAAAGAGGGCAUCACAACAUUAUCGGUCAUGAAAAGACUGAUGCCUUGAAUGUACUAAAGAAAGGUAAAUCGAACAAGAAGCAGAAAACUAAGUAG